AGGAGCGUGCCGCCUCUCGCCACUGCCGAUGGGAUGCCUCCACCCACUGGUGACUGACUGGGCCACGAACUCCAUGAACACUUGUUCAUGGCGGGUAGUAGUAAGGUACAUUCAGGUACCCCGUACUGUCUACACAAAAUUAGUGUGGCCCAGCGAGGCAUAUCCCCCCAACUAGGACUACUUCCAUACAAUAUCGAGGCCAAAGUACGGUACUGGGUCCCCGAAGGUACCCAGCGGCAUGGUGGGCUAAUCCAAAGAGGCAGUCGAGACAGGGCCAACUCCAGUUAUUCGGAUCUUUUGUCUAAGGCCUUAGAAGGGAAGUUGGAUAUUUGUAAAGACUUGGUUUGGUACAGCUUGACUCUUCCCAGUUUAGUCCCGGAAGUAAUCUGCCAGGUUGAAUGUAUAAAAUUGGGCUCUGCCGGCUCCGACACUCGCGGCCGAAAAGAGAGUUCCCCAAUUCACGUUAGCGCCAAGGCUGGUGAUUGGGCGGAUGGAAGUGCCACCAGCGACAGGCCGGGCCAAGGCUGGGGCAGCCCGCAGGCUUGUCCACUUCGUGGUACCCGAUCGAUACGCUGGUACGCGUUUGGUUCUUCUUACUGA